AUGACUUAUUAUCGACGGUUAUUUGUCAUUUGCUUAUUAUUUCUAACGAUUGAUAUUAUCUAUGCCGAUAGGCGAAUACAACCAAAGCGUGUAACAGCUGAACGUGGUUCUGAUUUAUCUCUUUCAUGUACAUUUCCAGAUGAAGACAGUGAUAAAACUAUUGUUCAAUGGCUUUAUCAAAAUUUAACUGAUUUUAAUGUUAAUCAUCGUACACAUAAAACACAUUGGCGACCAUUAUUUCUCAAUGAUCAAUCAUUAACACCAACAGAAACACGUUAUAGUAUUCAACAAAAAAUACAACAAAUCAAUGAUACAUCCAUAGCUUAUUCAACAAUAUUUACAUUAUCGAAAGUUAAUGAAUCUGAUGAAGGUCUUUAUAUGUGUAAAUCACAUUCACCAAAAACAAUACAAAUGGCUUAUCAAGUACGUGUCAUACAAAGUCUUGAAAUUAAUCCAAAAGAAGUAUUUAUAUCAGCUGAUGAAAUUGGCCAAUAUUCAAUACGUUUAAAUUGUAUAUUAACAGAUAGUCAAUUAGAACAACGUCAUCAUGAUAUUCAUUGGUGGCAUAAUAAUAAACGAAUUAGUACAAAUUCAAAUCGACAUACACGUAUUAUAAAAAAUUUUACUCAACAUUCAUUUAUAUCAACAUUAUUAUUUCAUACAAAUGAACCAGCUAAUAUUGCUGGGAUUUAUAUAUGUGAAACAGAUCCAAUAAGAAAAUAUAUUCCAGUUGAAUUAAAAUCAAAUCAAAAUUCAGGUAUUAAAAAUUAA